AUGGAGGAAGUCGUACUAACUACUGAAAUUCAAUGGAAGCAACAAGUAUUUCUGAGCACCUCCCAGGUACCAGGCUGUGUGGCGAGCCCUGGGGACAGGCAGGAACCGGAUGACGUGGUCCCCACUGCCACCGAUUUCAGCCCGCUGGAAGGCAGCCUGUACGUGGGGCAGGACAAUGAGACCAGCGUUCCGAAAGGGGAAGUAGGGCUGCUCGGCAGCGGUCUGGAGACCAGGGCGGGCCUGGACGCCUGCCCGGCCGUCCCCAUGUGACUGGCCGAGGACAACCUGGGCUGCAUCAUCUGUCACGAGCUGUUGGCCCGGCCCGCCACGGUGCCCUGCGGCCACAGCUUCUGUCGCAACUGCCUGAUGGGUCUGUGGGGCGCGGGGCGCCACGGGUCCCGCCCCACCUGCCGCGAGGGCGGCGAGCGGCCGCUGCAGCUGCGGAAGAACACGAUGCUGCAGGACCUGGAGACAAGUAACAGUCGGGAGGCGCGCGAGCUGGAGGGCCCGAACCCAGCGCCCCGGCCCCCGCGCCGCACCGCGCAGCUGCCGGCUUUGUCAGAUGGGGUGGACCUUUCCUUGGCUUCUCCAAAACUAGUGACUUCCAACACACCUGAGGGGAAGAUGAGAGACAUUCUCCAUGACCUAGAAGAGAUCCAGGAAAAAUUACACGAAAACUUCAUGUGGAAAGAGGUCCUUGAAGAACAAAUGCAGGUUGAACUCCCAGAAGCUCUGUCUUCCUCCUCACUGCCUGACCAGAGCCACCUGGCACCCAAGAGGGCUUCCUCGUUUGCUCGAUGGGUCAUCAAUCCAACCUUUGACCUAGGGAGCCUCUCCUGUAGCCUGGAGGUGUCCAAGGACACUGUAUCUCACCGCCCACAGCCCUAUCCCUGGAGUCAUGAGAGGUUUGCCUCCUGCCAGGCCUUAUGUUCCCAGGCUCUCUCUUCUGGGCAGCAGUACUGGGAAGUGGACAUUCAGCAUUGUAGCCACUGGGCAGUUGGGGUGGCUUCCUGGGGGAUGAGGCGUGACCAGAUCCUGGGAAGGACCAGGGACGCCUGGUAUGUAGAGUGGAAAGGAACUAGCCAGCUCUCUGCAUGGGACAUAGUCAAGGAAACUGUCCUUGGCUCAAACAGACCUAGUGUGGUGGGCAUCUGGCUGGACCUUGAGGAGGGAAAGCUUGCCUUCUAUUCCGUGACUGAUCAGGUGAAGCUCCUGUAUGAGUGCCCAGUCUCUGCUGCCUUUCCUCUGCACCCUGCCUUCUGGCUGUAUGGCUUAUUUCCUGGAAACUCUCUGACUACAGGCAAAUAA